AUGUCGAAGGUGGCUAAAAGAUUGAUCUCAUUGGUGAGACCAGGCAACACAUCAAUUGCUCCUCCUACCUCGAAUGUCAUUACGCAGGAUACAGCUGCAAAAGAUUUGUUUCCAACUGACCAUACAAACAAUGUCCAGUUUGAAAUUUUAGACGAGCCAUUGACCUUGGCUCGUGCAACAGUUCCUCCUUCUGUCAACCUUUAUGUCAGACGGGGCUGUUUAAUGUCUCUUUAUAAUUCGUUGGGUUUAUCUUCAAUAGCAAUGUCACAUCAAUGGAUCCAGCCUCAGAAAAGAUUGCUAAGAUAUGGACGCCUUAACAUAUCUAUAUAUCUCAAACUAACGGGUGCUGAUACCUUGAAUUGCCUGGUAGCUCCGAACUUUACUAGAAGUAACAUAUUUUCGUGGCUUGGGUCUUCUACUUCCCCGUAUCGCACGCUAUGUCCCUUAACGUUGGGUGGUGCAUCAGACUGGUUUGUCUUCGGUAAGGAUUCAAUUGUGGCAUUUGAAUCAAAUUCAUCGCUGAAACUUCAAGAAGCACCUUUCAAGCUGCCCUUUCGUACUGAAUCUGUACUGAAUCACAAAUAUCAGUUGCUUCAAGGCCGAGGGAGUGUAUUAUUGAGUGGUAGUGGAUCUGUUUAUAAAAUUAACCUAAAGGACUCCACAGAAGAAGUGAUUAUCCAAAGUCAGCACUUAUUAGCCAUAAGCGGAUUGAACUCGGUGGACAUUUCCUCGAGCGCAACAGAAUACAAAAUGACGGAGCAAAUAAUGAAGAAAAUAUCGAAACCAAAAGCAAAAGCAUCAGCAGGUUCUAAUACCAAAAAGAUCAAACUCGAAAAUAUAGACUGGUAUAAGCUUUGGAUCAACAUCCAAUAUUACGCAUCCGUUAGUUCAAAUUUCCUCAAGUCUUUGUACACAGGAUAUCUAAAUGGCCCAAACAGAUAUCUAAAGGUUAAAGGCCCUAGAACAUUGCUAGUCCAAAGUUCUCCAAACGCUUAUCUUUCCGCCACCCCGCAGCCAGCUCUAUUCUACCCCAAAGAUUCAAAAUACCAAACACAAUCAGAAGCAUUACCUUCUAUCAAAACGUCAGAGUCCAAAAACUAUCUGAGCUAUGUAUCGAUGGAAAAGGAUGGUAAGCUCUUGUUUAGAAGCACACCUGACUUUAAAGAGACAGUUGAAAUGAUUGAAAAAGCUAAAGACAAGAAAUGA